CUUUUUAUCUCUUCCAUGGGUGUAUAUGUUGCUGGACCUUAUGAUUCUUGCUUUAUUUGGACAUCUUUCCAAGGACAUUUGUUGAUGAACUCAUUGAACUGUUUUACAAAUCACAUCCAUGGACUUCCGUUAGCAAGUAAUGCAUUAGUUCGUGAAAUGUUUAUACACUCUAUGCAUAUGCAUGUCCGAGUGUGGGUGCAUCACAUGUUCACAGAUAAAUCAGUUGUACCCAAGUCAGUAAGUGAUAUAAAACUCAUACAUGCUGGCAAAGUUUUGGAGAAUGGCAAGACGCUGGCAGAAUCCAGAGUACAUUUUGGUGACCUUCCUGGUGGCGUUAGUACUAUGCAUGUUGUGGUGCAGCCUCCUGUCCCAAAAAAGAAGACAGACAAGAACCAGGAGAAGAAUCAUAAGCAGAAUUCAUGCUCAUGCGCUAUCCUUUGAAUUGGGAAAGCAUGCUUUGUGGCUGUUGUGCAGACAGGACAACGUUUCACAUUUUUAACCUUCCUUUUAUAUUGUCAUUGCUGUGUAACAUUCUAAAUGGCAUCUAUGAUUUAGCAGGUCACAUUACAUGUGAUAUUGCUUCUGCAAUUGUUAACGUUGUAUUCUUUUUUCUAUACGUAAGAUCAAAAUUUCUACCAUUCAGUAUUCUCUUUCCUAUUAGGAGUGGUAGGGCCAAGAGUUCUCUUCCUUUGUGGCAUGGUAAUGUCGUUCAUAUGUGUGGAUCC